CCUGAACCACACCCCCCGCCCAGAUACACUCCCCUCCGGGCGCACCGCACAGGCACUGCCCGAAACGGAUCCACGCGUCCGGCCACUUCUCGCAGUCUCCCCCCCAUCACGCCUUCGCCAAGACAGCCAUGUCUGACUCGCCUUGCGUGUCCUUCAUCGGCAUAGUCGAUUUUACCCAGGAAGCCAGAUGGAUAUUCUGCAGCGAAUCCGUCUACGACCUCCUGGGCUACGAGCCCCGUGAGCUCAUCGGCCGGCCCUCGCUAGAGCUCGUCCAUCCGGACGAGUUCCGGGACGUGAAGCAGAUUCACUACGACACCAUUUCCCAAGAUAAAGCAGCCGUCUUGCUCUACACCCGGAUGAGGCAUAAGGACCCGUACAAGGGAUACAUACUUUGCGCCGUUUCUCGCACCGUCGCGCAUGACGUCCUCGUGGGUUCGGUCUCGUUCGCAACUCCUGGUCCGAAGGCCAUGCACACAGCCUCCACCGCCCAAGAGAUCACCGUCAUUGCACCCACAGCGAAGAACUUUCAGUUUCGGCGCUGGAACGACCCGGAUCCGAUGCCGAACCUACCGCACCCCACCACAGUCGACUACACGCCGGGCUCACGAUACUCGUCCCCGGAUACGGAUUCCGAAGACGAAGACGCGAGCGAGAGUGACCGAAGCGAUCGCUCCGCCUCAGAUGCCGAAGAAAUGACGUACAGACGAGCGUCUCAAACGCCUCCCAGCGAGGUCUCGUCGCCCACCGGCUCAGACGCCUCAGCCCCAAAAUCGCGAUCGCGGAAACCCAAGAACAAGGGGCGCGGAUCUCACAAGGAAAAGGGCGUGAUCUCGUUCGACCCUUUGCCCUCGCAGUCCGUGCGCACGGCGCUCAUCUUGGACCGCUUCAGCACCCGUUGCCCGAUCAUGUACUGCAGCAACGACUUUCUGCUGCAGACGACGCUUUGCAUGGGCCGGUCCAUAUACGAUUUUGUGGCCAAAAAAGACGAGGACCUUGUCCGGAGCUGGGUGGACGCCGUCAAGGGCUGGGGCGUGAACGAGCGCGGGCAACCGAGCGACGGCGGAUUCGGAUUUGGGCGCUUUAGGUGUUGCAGGAAGGGAAGGGACUCAAGUGCCGCCGCACCCGAUGCGUCGCCCACGCGUCGCGAGCGCCAUCGUCAGCACUCGGUUUCGCAUCCUCACGCGUACCCGAGCCCGUCAAACUCUAGCAGAAAUAAUCGGGAUCGGCGCAAGGACAAGGACGGCGAAAGGGACAGGAAUGGGAGAAGAUUUAGAGAACGCGAGGACGACGACGAGUUCUUGGUCGAUGCCAUCUUCAGCGCGCAUUCGGACGGUCUGAUGGUCAUCCUCCGUCGAGCGCGGUAGCGCAUGCUCGCGAUUUCAUUCACGUUUUCCCUGGUGAUCUUGUACGGAUUUGGAUGACCUAUGGGGUGUAACAGGUUGUGGUGUUUCAUUGGCUCGAGGUCCGUGGAUGUAACGAUCUUCUUGGUUUCUCACCUUCGGUUACUGAGCGUUGACAAUGUUUACGCGUUUACAUGUUAUUUCUGGAUACGCGUGCCGCGUCCUCUC